UCUGUCGUCUUGUGCCGGUGGGCUGGCUGCUCUGUCGCUCUGAAGAUGGUGGCGUCUAUAUUUCUGAUGCUGCCGCUACUGCUGACGGUCGCCGCAGACACCGAGCCGGAGCUGCCGCCGUUUCUGACGGUGAUGGAGCGUGAGACGGUGGCGAUGCCGCCCGACCGGCUGGCGGCGGCGCUGAGCUGGGCAAGGGGUCGGCUGGCCGCGUACCCGGCCGCAACUGCGGCCAAGGCGCCGCGCCAUCCGGGCCGCCGCUCGCACUACCACAUGUCGCGCCACGACUCGGAUUCACGUGUGCAGGCGCUGGCGCACGAAGCGCUCGUCUGGGUAGAGGCGGCGCGAGCGCCGGCCAACCUCAGCGCCGCGCGCACCGACGUCGAGUGCCCGACUGAGCCGGCACCUAGCUGCGACUUUGAUGCGCGGUUCCGGCGCCAGGACGGCGCCUGCAACAACCGGCGGAACCCGACCUGGGGCGCCUCCGACACAGCGAUCGUGCGUCUCGCCGCUAACACGUACGACGACGGCGUCGACGCGCCGCGCAGCGUGUCGGCGGCGGGCGGCGCGCUGCCGACGGCGCGCAGCGUCAGCGCGGGGACCACUGGCAGCACCGACGACGAGAACACGGCGCUCACGCUCUCCGUCGUCAACUGGGGCCAGUUCAUGGACCACGACAUCACGCUGUCGCCGGUGCAGCUCGCCGCGCCGGGCGUCGAGCUUGACUGCUGCGUCGAUGGUGUCGUCGCUGACGACGCGCACCCACGCUGCCUGCCGAUCGACGUGCCAGAGGACGACGCGUUCUACGGGGCGCUGGGCGAGCGCUGCAUGGAAUUCGCGCGCUCGGUGCCGGCCGUGCCGGCCGGCUGCUCGGCCGGUCCAGCCAAUCCUGUCAACGUGCUUACCGCCUUCAUCGACGCUAGCAACGUGUACGGGUCUCGCGAGUCGCGCGCGACGCUGGUUCGCGCCGGGGAGGGCGGCCGCCUGCUGAUACAGAGAGGCGCACUGCUGCCGCGCGACCCUCCCGGCGUCCAGAUCGACACGGAGACGCCCUGCUUCAGCCCCGACCCGGAGGGACGGCCCUGCUUCCUGGCCGGCGACGUGCGCGCCACGGAGCAGAGCGGCCUCGCCACCAUGCACACCGUCUGGAUGCGCGAGCACAACCGACUCGCACGCGGCCUGGCGCGCGUCAACCCCGAAUGGGACGACGAACGGCUCUUCCAGGAGGCGCGCCGCAUUGUCGGCGCCGAGAUCCAGCACAUCACGUACAACGAGUGGCUGCCGCUGCUGGUUGGCGAAGCGUACAUGCGGCGCAUGCGCAUCGGCACGCAGAGACGGGGCUACUCGCGCCGCUACUCGCCCAGGGUCAACCCCAGCAUCGCCACCGAGUUCUCAACGGCCGCGUUCCGCGUGGGCCACACGCUGAUCCAGGGCGAACUUGAGCUGUACCCUCGCGUCGCCAGCUCCUCGGUCAGCUUGCGCAUCAACCUGCGCGACGUGUUCUUCGACCCGACGCUGAUCUACGACGGCCGGCUGGACCAGAUCGCCAUCGGCAUGAUCACGCAGCAUCCGCAGACGUGCGACGCCAACAUCGCCGAGGACCUGACCGAGUUCCUCUUCCAGGAGGAGGGCCACGCCUUCGGGCUCGACCUCAUCGCGCUGAACGUGCAGCGAGGCCGCGAUCACGGCAUCGCCACCUACAACACGAUGCGCGCGCGGUGCGGCCUGACGCGCGUCACGAGCUUCGCCCAGCUGCUGCGGCAGAUUCCAGCCGAUGUCGUGCGCCGCCUCCGCAGCGUGUACGCGCACGUCGACGACAUCGACCUGUUCGUCGGCGCCGUGUCCGAGCGGCCGGUGCCAGGCGCGGCGGUCGGUCCGACCAUUCAAUGCAUUGUCGGCGACCAGUUCGCACGGCUGCGCUGGGGAGACAACUUCUUCUACGACCUGGGCGGCAGGCCAUGGAGCUUCACGCGCGUCCAGCUGGACCAGCUGCGCAGGGUGUCGUGGGCCCGCGUGCUCUGCGACAACAUCAGAAGCAUCCGCGGCAUCCAGCGCAGCGCCUUCCAGGCGGCUGGCCGCGGUAACAGCAUCACGGCCUGCCGGAACUUGCCGAGCAUGAACCUGCGCGCCUGGGGGUCCGCCAACUGAGGCGACGGCAGCGCUUGGAGGACAGCAGAGGACAUCGAGAGGAUGAUGGACACCGCCAGACAUCGAGAGGAUGAUGGAUCGCGCUUUCGUUUAUGGGUCGAUUCAUGUUUCUCCGCCUCGAUUAUGGGUCAUUUUAGUUCAAUGUAUGCGUUGUGUGCAUUUUAGGAAGGUGUGCCUUGCCCUGUUUGCUUACCACGGUUUACGUUUUAUGGUUUGGUGGAGCGGUUUUCCGUGCGUUUGCAUUCUUUCCUGAUUUUACCAACUAUCUGCUACUGCCGCUGAUAAACAAACACGGCUGUGCACGUGAUGAUGCGCAACAAUAUAGUGAACGCAACAUAAUCAA